ACGGAUGGGAGCGUAGACAGUUGGGGACAGACCCAGAGGUAAAGAGCAAACUUAACCGCCGCCGCCGUCUCUCCCCCCUUCCCCGCGCGCCUGAGACGGUGGCCACCGUGAUACGUUCUAGGGUUCAGCUCGCCGGCGAUGUCGAUGCCGUUACCGGGGCGGACGCUCGUCGACCUCGACGGCGACGCGCUGGCCCACUGCGCGCGCCACCUCGGCGCCCGCGACGUCGCCAGCCUUGCUAUGGCCUGCCGCCCGUUGCGCGCCGCCGCCUACUGCGACGCCGUAUGGUACCACCUUUACAGGGGGCAAUGGCCGUUUCAACAAGUGCCUCGUGGAGCUUUGGGGAUUAGAGAACUAUACAUUCGGAGGCACACUGAAGUACAUCAAAUGAAAUUUGAUGAUCCCUUAUCAUCUAUUUAUUAUCUAGAUCCCACGGAGCCGACACCAAGCCAUCUAAUGCUUGAUAGGAAUGGUGUUUGGUUCUCUCAAGGGCCAGUAGUCAAAAGAUUGAGGCUUGGUCUGGACAUGGAAUUAGUGGAAACCUACAGGACCCAUAGCGCGAGGAUCACUUGUAUGAGAUUGUUCCCACUAAUCGACACCCCAUUGUAUCGAAGUGAUGCACAUAGAAAUGAAAUGGCAUUAGUCACUUCAAGCACAGAUAGAACAGUCCGUCUUUGCUGGAAGGGCCAAUCACGCUGUUACAAGGGCCAUUCAGGACCUGUUACUGCUCUGGCUGACAAAUUGCUUGAUGACGGUGAAUGCAAAAUACUCGCAACUGGUGGUGAAGACUGCACCAUUCGCCUUUGGUCUAUGAAUACAAGAGCAAAAAAACACCCUCUAAUAUCAACUUUGCAUGGGCAUGAAAAAACACUGUCACUUUUGUCUGUUGCUUGGCAUAAAUCCUCCCUGCUGGUCAGCAGUUCCAAAGAUACAAAGGUGAAAGUGUGGGACACAAUGGCACCUCCUUCCAGUGUCUCAUCAUCAUGUGUUGGGGGUGCUCAUCUUAACUCAAGUGGUCCACCGAUUGCAAUCAAAUGCUACGAAUCCCUUUGUUACAUUGCUGCUGGAUCCGAAGUGACAGCAAUUGAUUUGAGGACGAUGAAGAAGGCUUCUGUUCUUGCACUUCGUAACCAAAGAAUACUUUCUUGUGAGAUGCUGCCCUCUGAAUGGCUAAUAUGCACGGGCAUAAAAGACAAGGCUCUUCUGUGGGAUAUUCGUAAGCCUCAAGAACUCAAGCACACAGUCGCAGAACUGCAUUCAGAUGGUCCUGUGACGUUGCUUCACUUGGAUCCAUACAAGGUAGUGAUGGGCGCGCCAUGGGAUGGUCAGGUCCAUGUCUGGGAAACCCGGACGGGCCACUUGGUGAACAGAUUGAGUUGCGAUGAGCCUGUUAAAUCAGGAGGGAGAAGCACAGUGUCAGCCAUGGCUGUGGACGGGUGUAGGAUUGUCACUGCAGGGAGUAGUUCAACCAGAGGCAGCCUGUUACACUACCAAGACUUUCUGAGAUCCUCAGUUCCUGUAGCUUUACCUGGCAAGGAAGUUUCCAAGUUCUGGGGAUCUCAAGAAUAUGACGAUGAAGACUAGCGUAACUUAUUAUUUUUCGAAACGGAGAAGACUAGCGUAAAUUAUCAACAAAAAGGUAGCAUUGCAUACAAGAUGAGAUUUUGAGAGCUCAGCCCUUAUGCUAAGCUGGUGCACAUCUGUCUCUUUGCAAAUGGGCCUGCACCAUGCCUGCGCAGUUUGCUUGUAAGGCUUCAUCUGUAGCUACAUACAUAUUGUUUUUCUCGAAAAAGCUACAUAUAUAACAUGAACCUUUCUGUAACUAGUGGUGACAGGAUAAUCAUGUUGUUCUUCACCAUAGAAUUACAGUGGAUUAGGUUGAGUUUCUCAAAAACGCGAGACCUAGUCCCCUCAGUAUACCUCUGAAGGGCAGUUAUAGUUGUACUGAACAUAUAUGCAGAAGUCCAGUAGCACAUGUGUUGUUUUCCUUCUUA